AUGAUCUGCGCAGACGAAAGCAACGGGUUGGGAAGGAGGGGUUCGAGGCGUUGGGUUCAUUUGGAGUCCCUGGUUGAAAUCGAGUGGCCGAGUUUCGAAUCAACUCAUGCACAUGGUGGACCGUUGAGUUUGUUGGGUCCAGUGGACGGUAUUGAUAUGUGGGCAGCUUUAUCCGAAGACACUCCGUCUCCAAGAAAAGAGAUCCUCUUGGAUCUUGAUCCUAUUCUUGGGAAAUCUGCCAUCAGAGUUGGAAACUGGAAACUUGUAAAUGCGAUGGUAUAUUUGCUAGACCGAUCGGUGGGGAAAAUUGUGAAAGCCUUGGAAGACAAAGGAAUGCUGAAAAACUCGAUCAUUGUCUUCUCCACUGACAAUGGGGGUCCUGCCGGAGGAAUAAAUCGGAAUGCAGCUUCCAAUUGGCCAUUACGAGGGACGAAAGCAACGGGUUGGGAAGGAGGGGUUCGAGGCGUUGGGUUCAUUUGGAGUCCCUGGUUGAAGUCGAGUGGCCGAGUUUCGAAUCAACUCAUGCACAUGGUUGACUGGUUGCCCACUUUGUUUUCUGCUGCUGGCACGUGGGAAAAUGGGACAUACGACACGUGGUUUGGCCCCUCGGGUCACGAGGACAAGUCCUACUACGAAAUCACGACUUUGAAAUGUUCUUCGAAUUCAUCGGACAAAUACUGCUCUAAUCAGACGCCGAACAAACAAUCCUUUCGAAACUUCAUGAAAACCGGCGUCAAAAGAGGAAACGGGAAAACAUUUCCGAUGAGUCGCAAGGGAACCGUUCGUCCAAUGUUGGACAUUCGUCGACUGACUCGUCAUCACCAAAAUCCUAAAAGGUUUUCAGCAAAACGUGAUCCUCGUUUAGUUGUCGCUGUCGAUUGCGGUGAGAAGCCUCUGAAUGCGUCGACGAAUUGCGUACCGACGGAAAGCCCGUGUUUGUUUGACCUGGCGUCGGAUCCGUGCGAAUACAAUAAUUUGGCGAGUCAAUAUCCGGGAGUCGUGGAUGAGUUGUGGAGGAAGUUGAUGGCAUAUCAAGCAGCGAGUGUUGAGCCCAUUAACACACCGUCGGAUCCGCUAGCAAAUCCCAAGUACUGGGGUUACUUUUGGAGUAACUGGAAAGAUUUCUCGUGAAUUUGUGCAGUUUUUGUGUGUUGAUGUGUUCUUCCAGAAGCAGGGAAUAUGAAUGUGGUUAUCUUGUCGUUUUCUACAAUUCGUGCUUCUUCCUGACGGUGUUACAUAUUCGUGAGAGUGACAUCUUGUGAGACAAUCUAUAAACUGUGGGAGCGAGGAUGUUGUUACGCUGUGAAGGUGACUCGAAAAGUGGCUCCAGCAAAUUUUUUUUUCAUUCUGGCCCUCUGUAUUGUACAGUACAGUAUUGGGCAUGCAUUGAAUUGUUGUUCAGGAUAUUAAAACGCCUCUAGAAAGUUUUUAAAAAAUACAUCACCAAGUUUACCUGCAUUUGGAUUUUUAAUCCAAAAUUUUUACCAGUGGUUUCUCCAAGUUUCUUCUCACCAUGUUUGAAUUCCCAUACUGAGUAUUUUGUGUAUACAAGUUUUUCGUACUGUGCAGGUCUUCCAUUUAGGUAUGAUUAAUUACUGUAAAAUCGCAUUAUAACAAAUCCUUUG